AUGGAUACGAUCACAUUUAGAUAUCUUGUGAGUAUUGCAGUGCAUGAAAAACUUGAUAUGCGUCUGAUGGACGUUGUCACUGCUUAUUUGUAUAAGAAUCUUGACAAUAAUAUUUACAUGAGAAUCCUGAAGGAUUCAAUAUGCCUGAAGCAUGGGACAGAAAAAUGGCGGACUCUGUUUAUUGCUUACAAGACAUUGGGGGUCGUCUUUGGUGGGCUUGUUACGUCUCCGCUUUACGUGUAUCCUUCAAUGCAACUGAAAUCUCCAACAGAAGAAAACUAUUUGGGAAUCUUCAGUAUUAUGUUCUGGACUCUCAGUCUAAUUGGACUUGUCAAGUACGCUAGUAUAGCUGUUAGAGCUGAUGAUCAGGGUGAAGGUGGAACUUUUGCCCUCUAUUCAUUACUAUGCAGGAAAAUAAACAUCAACAUUCUUUCUUCAAAACGUUCAUGUGCAAAUUCUAGCACUACCGAAAAGCAAAGCAAACUUGGCAAAUUUUUUGAGGAGAGCUUGGUUGCCAGAAGGCUGUUGCUUUUUAUAGCAAUUUUAGGCAUGUGCAUGCUAAUUGGUGAUGGUGUACUUACUCCUGCAAUUUCAGUGUUGUCAGCAAUGGAUGGCAUCCGGGCACCUUUUCCAUCGAUUACUAAAACAUGGGUGGAAAUCCUCUCAGCAGUGGUCCUCAUUGCUUUAUUUCUCCUGCAGAAAUAUGGAACCUCCAGAGUGAGUUUCCUUUUCUCACCUAUAAUGGGUGCAUGGACCCUCACUACUCCUCUUGUAGGAAUAUUUAGUAUCAUAAAGCACUACCCAAGCAUAUAUAAGGCAAUAUCACCCCAUUACAUAUUCACGUUCUUCUGGAGAAACGGGAAGGAAGGCUGGCUGUUGCUCAGUGGAACUAUCCUUUGCAUCACAGGUUCUGAGGCCAUGUUUGCUGAUCUUGGUCAUUUCAACAAGAGUUCAAUCCAGAUAGCUUUUCUCUUCACAAUAUAUCCAUCCUUAGUUCUGACAUAUGCUGGACAGACUGCUUACUUGAUCAGAAACCCAAAUGACCACAAGGAUGGGUUUUACAAGUUUAUCCCAUCUGCUGUAUACUGGCCUAUGUUUGUGGUAUCCACACUAGCAGCUAUUGUAGCUAGCCAAUCGUUGAUUUCCGCAACAUUUUCAAUUAUCAAGCAAUCUGUAGCACUUGAUUAUUUUCCUCGGGUCAAGAUAGUCCACACAUCGACCAGACAAGAAGGAGAGGUGUAUUCUCCUGAAGUUAAUUAUAUUCUUAUGGUACUUUGUGUUGCUGUAAUACUAAUAUUUGGAGAUGGACAAGAAAUUGGAAAUGCCUUUGGAGUAGUUGUCACCAUGGUCAUGCUCAUUACAACAACACUGCUGAUUUUAGUCAUGAUCAUUGUUUGGAGAACUCCACCUGUUCUAGCUGCACUUUACUUUGUUGUAUUUUUCGUGAUGGAGGGUGUCUAUGUUAGUUCUGUCUUCACCAAAAUUCCAGAAGGCGGUUGGAUUCCAUUUGCCAUUUCUCUUAUCCUUGCAUUUAUUAUGUUUGGCUGGUUCUACGGAAGGCAGAGAAAGAUGGAGUAUGAGUUAACAAACAGAAUAGAUAUGGACAGGCUUAAAACACUGCUCUCUGAUCCGGGCAUCCAGAGGGUUCCUGGACUUUGUUUUUUCUAUACUAAGAUUCAAGAUGGGCUGACCCCUGUAUUUGGUCACUACUUGAAGAAUAUGAAAUCUCUUCACAACAUCACUGUGUUUACGACUCUUAGAUAUAUAAUGGUUGCAAAAGUCCCGCCACAUGAAAGAAUUAUUGUCAGCAAAUUAGGCCUCAAAGGAGUUUAUGGGUGCAUCAUUCAGUAUGGCUAUGCUGAUUCUCUUAGCCUUGAAGGGGUCGACUUUGUUCUUCAAGUUACCGAUGGUUUGCAGAAUCAUGUGCGUGAUUUAUUUGAUCAAGCACAAUCUACUACUUCCUUGGAUGAAGAAAUUGCUGACAUAAAAGAGGCAAAACUUUCAGGAGUGGUUCAUGUACGCGGGAAGACAAGGUUUCAUAUCAGUAAGAGUUCUAGCUGGUUUGACAGAAAUAUGAUUGCUUUCUAUGAAGUCCUGCACAGUAAUUGCAGGUCUGCACUUCCUGCUUUGGGAAUUCCACUGCCACACUGCAUAGAGGUUGGAAUGUGA